UCUGAUUGGCCCACAUGUAUUUUCCUUCAUUAGGCGGUUUGUGUGCAGCAGCUAAAAGAAGAAAUUACCUACUGUACGAUAUUACAUUUCAGUUAACCCGUUAAGUUAAAUAAAUACAUACCAGAUAUCAUUGUCAUCAUAUCAGUUAAAGAGAACUCCUGUUCAAGACUGUUUAUUUACAGAGACCAGUGUAUCCACGUUCUGCAUUGGUUUUUGGAGCAUAUUUAAGGGCCAUUUGUUUCAGACUCUUAUUGCCUGUUCAGGAAGUUUAGUAUCCUGCUACGGAGUAUGUCAGUGGCUCUUCUUGUGCGAUAUGCCACGCUCCGCGGAUCCCGUGUCUGCUGCAGGGCUGCCCUCGGCCUAACUAGCAUCCACCAACAAGACCCAAAACGGGCUCUACACACGCCAUCAUCUCCUCGGUGCAGCAACUCUCGCUUUGAUCCGGACAGCAGUGGCCUGCCAACUACCUGGGACUCCUUUGGGAUCUGGGACAACCGCAUUGAUUUGCCCAUCUUGCUUCCGUCGAGCAUCCGAUAUGGUAAACCCAUUCCUAAAGUUAGCCUGUCCAAGGUGGGCUGUGCAUCGCAGAUUGGCCUGCGGAAGGUAAACGAAGACCGCUAUCAGCUAUCGCAGAUGACGGACAACAUCAUGUACUUUGCAGUGUUUGAUGGGCAUGGAGGAGCAGAGGCUGCUGAUUUCUGCCACAGAAACAUGGAGAAGUAUAUUAAAGACAUUGCAGAGGACGAGGAUAACUUGGAAUUAGUUUUAACCAAAGCGUUUCUUGAGGUGGACAAAGCUUUAGCCAGGGAUCUUCACAUCAGUGCAGAUGCCUCUCUGUUGAGUGCAGGGACCACGGCCACUGUGGCCCUACUGAGAGAUGGGAUCGAGCUGGUGGUGGGCAGCGUGGGGGACAGCCGAGCCAUGCUGUGCCGCAAAGGAAAAGCCCUCAAACUCACUGUGGAUCACACGCCUGAGAGAAAGGAUGAAAAAGAGAGAAUACGGAAGACUGGAGGUUGUAUUACGUGGAACAGUUUGGGUCAGCCUCAUGUCAAUGGCAGACUGGCCAUGACACGCAGCAUUGGAGAUUUUGACCUCAAAACGUCAGGUGUCAUCGCAGAACCAGAGACUAAGAGGAUUUCAUUGCACCACGUCCACGACUCCUUUCUGGCACUCACCACUGACGGCAUUAACUUCAUCAUGAACAGUCAGGAGAUCUGUGACUUCAUUAACCAAUGUAACGAGCCUAAAGAGGCUGCACAAUGCAUAUCUGAGCAGGCUCUUCAAUAUGGCUCUGAAGACAACAGCACUAUCAUUGUGGUGCCGUUCGGUGCCUGGGGCAAACACAAAAGCUGUGACGUGAGCUUCUCUUUCAGUCGCAGUUUCGUCUCCACUAGCCGUUGGGCCUAAUCAAAAAUAAGAAGACCAUGAUGGUUUAACCGUUACACUGCAGUGACUCCCUAGUCUGAAUUCAACAAUGUGCAAUAUUUUCCUAAUCCAUCCUGUGACGAUCAACUCAAAAAAGACUAUUACUUUCAGAACCCACAUUUAAUGUGGUCUUGAGUUGCUGUUGACUCAAUAGAAUGACACAGAGCUAUUUUGCCUGGAGAAGUGGUUUUCUGAACCUCAGUUCCUCUGAGGUUCGAAUGUAUCCUUGUCUUGAAAAUGGUUCUUUCCCGCUUUUAGCUCCUAACCUGUGUUGCGUAUCUUUCAUUUGGUACCUCAGUUCUGGUUUUCACUUUUUGCAGAUACUAUACUUCAGAAUAGUGUGCUGUAGGUGGAAUCAACAAUUAUUCUCUGUACUGUUAUUGUGAAUCUCAUUUCAUUUUCAGAAUAGGAAUUUUAAGCACUUUCAGAUUAUGCGAGGUUCAAUGUUUUGGAAUCCUCAUAACUCUAGUCUUUGAGUGCUAAAUGACACGCAGAAGCACAUUUCAGUGGUCUACGUGCUUUGUCUGAUGGCUGUGCACUUUCAUAAGCCCGUAUUUACAGAGUUAAACCACUGUACAUACUGAAGUGGACUAUUUCUUGUGCAAGCACAUAUUUCAAUAACUUUGUCUCCUAUUUGUAGUGUGAAUAUUCAUCCAUGCUUUAUUCCAGCAAUUUUAAAGCUACUUCAAAAAAAAAAAAUUCCUACUUAAUUGAAUUUGCAACCUAACUUGAGGAUCAUUUCGCAAACGAAUCAAUUCUUUUUCUGUGCCUUUUCCAUAAACCUUGUUGUUUUCUGACACUUACCAGUCAUUCUUUCAACUUUAGGUUUAGAACUGAAGUUUUAAACUGUGACUUGUGCUUGUUUAGUGUUACUAAAC